AUGCAUCUUGCAAUACUGUUAUUCCUCCUGUUGGAAGCAAUUAAUGCUCAGUUUCCCCGAGAAUGUACCACAGUGGAUGCGCUGAUCCAAGGCGAAUGUUGCCCAGACCUGUCUCCCGGAGUGGUUCCUGGUUCAGAUCCCUGUGGCUCAUCUUCUGGAAGAGGGCAGUGUGUACAAGUGAUAGCAGAUUCCCGACCCCAUGGACCUCAAUAUAUGCACGAUGGUCGAGAUGACCGUGAGCAGUGGCCUCUUCGUUUCUUCAACCGAACUUGUCGGUGCAACCACAAUUUCUAUGGAUACAACUGUGGCUCAUGUCGACCUGGCAGGACUGGUCCCACCUGUGACCAGCAGAUUACUAUAGUUAGACAAAAUCUUCUGGACUUUAGUAGUGAAGAAAGGAGAGAAUUUCUAAGAGUCUUACAGCAAGCCAAAACAACAACACACCCUGACUUUAUGAUCGCAACUAGGAGACAUGAGGAGAUCUUGGGUCCUGAUGGCAAUAUUCCACAAUUUGAAAAUGUGUCCAUUUAUAACUAUUUUGUGUGGUCUCAUUAUUACUCGGUCAGAAAAACUUAUCUUGGGCCUGGACAACGAAGUUUUGAUGGAGUAGAUUUCUCCCAUGAAGGACCAGCAUUUCUCACCUGGCACAGAUAUCACCUGCUACAAUUGGAAAGAGAUAUUCAGGAUAUGCUGCAGGAUCCUUCUUUUGCCCUUCCUUAUUGGAACUUUGCCACAGGUAGGAACAGCUGUGACAUCUGUACAGAUGAUCUCAUGGGAUCCAGAAGCAGCUUUGAUGACUCUCUUCUCAGCCCCAACUCAAUCUUCUCCCAGUGGCGCAUCUUGUGUGAGGCUAUUGAAGACUACGAUGUAUUGGGAACCAUUUGCAACAGCACAGAAGGUGGUCCAAUUAGACGCAAUCCAGCUGGAAAUGUAGCCCGUCCCAUGGUGCAGCGCCUUCCAGAGCCUCAGGAUGUUGCUCUUUGCUUAGAAGUCGGAUUCUUUGACACACCUCCGUUCUACUCCAAUUCAGCAGACAGUUUCCGUAACAGCGUAGAAGGCUACAGCAAUCCUUCGGGAAAGUAUGAUCCAGCAGUGCGAAGCCUUCACAAUCUGGCUCAUCUCUUUUUGAAUGGAACUGGAGGGCAAACUCAUUUAUCCCCAAAUGACCCCAUUUUUGUCCUCCUCCACACGUUUACAGAUGCUGUUUUUGAUGAAUGGCUGAGAAGGCAUAAUCCUGAUAACUCAACAUACCCACUAGAAAAUGCCCCCAUUGGACACAACAGACAGUACAAUAUGGUACCAUUUUGGCCUCCUGUAACCAACGAUGAGAUGUUUGUUACAGCACCAGAAAACCUGGGCUACAGUUAUGAAGUUCAGUGGCCAUCUCCAGCUCUCCGUGUGACUGAAAUCAUAACGAUUGCAAUAGUUGCUGCUUUGAUCCUGGUUGCAAUUAUAUUUGCGGCUGCCUCUUGUAUUGUAUAUUCCAAGAGACAGGAGGAACAUCAGCCACUUCUCACAGAUCAUCAUCUGACCUAUUCAGAUGAUUAUGACAGCAUUCCAACCCCGAGGCAAUCAAAUGUGUGA